AUGUCGGAGGUAGAAAUUCCUUUUGCUGAGAAAGAGCAGUCUCUUACUGAGAAUAAUACAGAAUUUGUCAAAGAUAAGUCCAUCGACAAAGAAGAACAAGCCAAGUUGGAGGAGUCACCGAAGAUCAAUGGUGAAAACGGUUUAAAAUUGGAGAAGAAAGAGGAUGAAGAUUGGAAGCCGAUUACCCCUGGUCCUAACCAAUUAGAUGAUUAUGAUAUCGAUAGAGACUCCAGAAAUCGUGUUAAGUUGUAUGUGCUCUGUGAGCAGCGCGUUUGGGACGACAGAGGUACGGGACAUGUAGCUUGUGUUCCUCUACCUGGUCAACAACAGGCAUUUGUUAUUAUUGUGAAAUUGGAAACAACAGAGCGCAAUGUUUUAGAGUCAAAGAUUUUGAUGGACACUGUUUACCAAAAGCAACAGGAAACACUCAUUGUUUGGUCUGAAUCAGAAACGUGCGACUUAGCUCUUAGCUUCCAAGAAAAGUCUGGAUGCGAAGAAAUUUGGGCCAAAAUCUGUGAAGUACAAGGUCGUGAUCCUGGAGAUCCUGAAGGAGGUUUUGAUGAGCUGGAUGAGGGCGAGCUAUCGGAAGGUUCAUCUUCCGGUCGCGUGACGUUGCCGCCUAUAGAAAUGGGACGCUUAGGAGAGAUUGAUUAUAUAAUAUCAACUCAUAUGUCUAGUGUGACUCUACGGGACAAAAUGUGCAAAGUUUUGGAAUCUGAAGGAGUUAUGCCAAAGCUAGCAGAAGUUUUUAAAAUGUGUGAAGAUCUCGAAAACACUGAUGGGCUUCACAGCUUGUACACAAUUGCGAAGAAUAUAAUCCUGAUGCAUAGAAAUGGGCAACAAGAUUUAAAUUUCAUGGAAUAUGUAUUCGACGAUCGUUACAUGAAAGAAGUCAUUGGAAUGUUGGAAUAUGAUCCGGCAUACGAUGAGCCUAGAAAACAUCGAGAAUUUCUCUAUGAGCAAGCUAAAUUCAGAGAGGUGCUAAGGAUAUCUGAUCCAGACGUCAUAACAAAGAUCCACAAAGCCUACAGAAUUCAGUAUUUACAAGAAGUUUGUAUACCAGCUCCGUCCCUAUUCGAAGAAAAUCUGACGGGCACAUUGAAUAGCUAUGCUUUCUUUUUACGGGUAGAAAUCUCUUCUUCAUUACAGAAAGAUAAGAAGUUUAUGAAAGAUCUCUUCGAUGAGCUGAAGUCACCUAAAACAGGCAUGAACAGGAGGCGUGACUGUGUACAUUUCCUGCGAGAGUUCUUGCAUCUUACUAAUGUUCAACCUGGUCAACCUGCAUCACAUCAGAAAGACACAGUUGCGAAAAACGUCAUACAAGCGUUCUUCAAUGCCGACAUUUUAAGUACAGUGGAGCCAUGCAUGAGGUCUUCUGAUCCCAUGACACGUGCAUUCAUGGUCGAUAUUAUGUCGACAUUGGUGGAUUGUAAUUCCUCUUUGGUCAGAGAUUUCAUUGUUAAGCAAGCUAAGGGGAAGGAAAAUGAUGAUCUAAUUAUCAAUCUUUUUAUUGUUCACAUGUUGUCAGAUUCGGAUUUGGAACUAACAUCGGCUACUCACGUAUCCAACAUUUUGCGAUCUUUACUCGACCCAGAAAAUAUGCCGAAUAUCAGUAAAUCGGACAAAUCAGAUUUCUUAAAUGUAUUUUAUCAACGAUCAAUCUAUUCCCUCUUGAAGCCUAUGGUGGAAAACGUCAAGGGAGGUGUUAUCAAAAACGAUGACUAUUGCACAGCUAACAAGGAAGCUCUGAUUGUGAAACUUUUAUGUUUUUGCAUCGAACAUCAUUCUUUCUCAAUGCGUAUGCAUUGCAUUUCAAAUGAUCUCCUCAAUAAGGUUCUGAUCCUUCUCUCAAGUAGGCAUCACUUCUUAUCUCUUUGUGCUUUGAAAAUGAUUCGGGCUGUACUAACGGUUAAAGACGAAUUUUACAACAGAUAUAUAGUAAGAGAGAAAGUACUGGACAAGGUGGUUGAUUGCUAUGUAAAGAACGGAUCUCGAUACAAUCUUCUUAACUCUGCGUUACUUGAUCUCUUCGAUUAUAUAAGAAAUGAGGACAUAAAGAUUCUUGUCAAAUAUAUCGUGGAAAAUCAUAUGGCCACAUUCGAAACUAUCUCAUAUGUGAAAGUUUUCACUGAUCUCAGGCUGAAAUAUGAACAACAGAAAGAUCGUGAAGCCAGUGGUGGACGAAUUCCAGUCAAGGAAGAUCGCAUGGGCAAUUCGCCAACUUUCAACAGAGAAGAACGGUGGUUCGAAGAGGAUGAUGAUGAAGAUGCGUCAUCUGAUGCUAGGAAAGAAAUUAGAAAAGAGAACGAUUCUCCUCGAAAAACGGGAUCCGAGCCUAUGUUCCCAUCAGUUCUUCGUAGGAAAAACGCGAUCGAAGAUGAUGAGGGACCAGUAUUCUCAGGACUUCAGAACCCGGUGCAUUCAUUGGACAAGAAAAUUAUAAUAAAGGUUGGGGAUAAGUCUAGAACUCCUUCGCCCUCAACAUCUCCCGCGCCAUCGCCAUCUAGAGAAGAUGAAGUUACAUCAUCACAAAAUAAUAGUAAAGAAAAUAGUCCUGUGAAUUCCAUACGGUCACUGGUUGACUAUGGAGAUUCUGAUUCCGACGAAGACGAAGACCAAAUCCCUGGACCUUCUACACCUUCUGAUUCUAUGCCUUCUUCAUCUACGGGUAGUCCUGCUUCUAUGCAAGACGAAAUUUUGGACGAGAGCGCGGUUCCCAACGGCCCUCUUACUGAAGAUUCAGUAUCUUCAACGUCUAAUGACAAUGAAGAAACUGUCAUUAGACGUAGUAAGAGACCGUCAUCAGAUGCCUUCGAAGAAGAGUCUGGGAAACGAAGCCGUGUUAAGUAA